AUGAAUGUGAUUGAUAGUUACUGGAUAAUACUGAAGGAGAGAGAGAAGAGGAAGAGUGUUAUUAGGGAGCAUGGACUUAUUGAUGUGUACAGGAUAUUAGGUAAUGAGUAAACAGGCAGAGACUGUCAUGUGAUAGAGACCAUGCAAAAUGACAGGUAGUUGCAGUGCAGUCCCAAUACAAUUUCUGAAAUAAGGACACUUCCUUAAUGGAGACUGUGUUUGCACCUUCCACUAAUAUAAAGAACAGAUCAAAGCAUCACUAUUACAUUAUAAUGCCAUUAGUAGAAGCCUUGUUGAUGCUUACCAAAAAACAGCACAUUACUUUUAUUAACUGCUAUAUUAUAGGUAGAGAAAGGUUGUUGUCCAAUGAAGAACAGUCUGUUAGAGUUUUAAUGAGACGUUUUGCAAGAUUUCUUGAUGCAGAGACAACCGAAAAACUAAUACAGAGUUUUCUGAAUGAAAAGAGGUUGAUUAAGAGAAUCAAGUGUCUUCAAACUUAUCAUUGCCUUGGUAUCAAAACACUAGCUGGUGGUGAACUGUAUGAAAGGUUAAGAGAAAAGAGAGAGAAAACAAGAGAAAGGAUGAAGGCAUCACUUGAUUUAAUAAUAAAGAAUAACAAGUCAAUUGCUUCAACGGAACAGCAGAAUGCUACUAUAUCAUGUACUAAUACUGAACUACAAGGACAACAAGCAAUGUGUAGUACUGGUAAAACAAAAUACUCAUUAACUCCAUUAAACAUUACAUACUAACCCGGUGUGGAGCAACUGGAUCAUGAAGAGAAAAAUAUAUGUUCAGUCUAUCAUAUAUUAACUGAUGUAUAUUUACACUGUAAAGGAGUAAUGAUUGCUGAGAGUAGGAAAUGUGGAGGGA